CGCUGGGAGCGGGCGCUCCCCUCCCUGGCGCUUUGCAGGGCUGAGGCACAAAGAGCGCUUGUUGCCCAGUCUCCGGGAGUCUCCCAGUGCUACCACUAGCUGGGGAGGACUGGUUACCAUGGAGGCUGCCAUCUGUUCGCUCCCCACUGGAAUGUGAUUAUCCUCGCUGGGUUGGGAACCAGAAAAAGCAGGGGAGCGUGUGCUGUCGGCAAUUAUCCGCAAUGGAGUGCGUUAAUGGCAGGCUGGAAUUAGCUAGCUGGAGGAGCACAUAAAAGGAUUUUACCAAAACUAUUAAUGAUUUCUAGCCAAGAGGAGUGAGCUUUUUGCAAGGCAGCAGCAUCUGUCCAAAGUCCUUGAUAUUGUCUAGAUCUUGUACAGCGAGUGCCACAACUAGGCUAGUUGAGCAGAAUGUACACAAUGAAGCAGCUCAGGGAAUAAAUGGAAGUGUGCCAGUUAAACAGUCCCCACGUUCAGCUUCAAAUCCAAAGCCACAAGUGCCUCCAAAGCCAAUUCAUCUGCAGAACGUGUCAACUGUUACAUACCAAACCCCUAGGCAUAAAGCUUUAUCAAAUCAGAAACCAAGAAUGGAGGAAGAGACACGCACCCCUGUUUCUAGUGUUGCAAAGGAAAAGUCCACUAAAGUGUCAGAUCUCAUCAAUCGUUUUGAGGGAGGCAGCCCGUUAAAUCCUAGUGAUUUGAAGAAAGAUUCCUCUGUUCUCCACAUUUCUAAAUCUCAAGGAAGAUAUGGGUCAACAGCAUCACCUCAGCCAAAACUCCCCUCCCAGCACCCACUACAAAAACAGGGAAACAGUAAUACCGACAAAACUCAGGUUGCACAGCUACACACAGCCAACGGAGUAGUAGCACAAGACCAGACGGAAGAUGAGGACGGGAGAUUACCAGAUCAUGGCUCUACUAUGACCACCCAGGUUCCGGAUAAUGCCAUCAACAGCAGCUUGAUAAAUGGGGAAAGAGAAAGUACUUCUGGAGAGUCAUUGCAAAGUAUGACUGCCUUUGAAGGACAGAUGCUUAACAGCUGCUACAGGACCCCAAGCAGUGAUACUCUGCUCCCAUCUGAAAAUGAAACUCUAGAAAUUAAUACUAAUGUGAAGGAAGAAACAGCUGAGGAAAUCGGCAAGCAAGAUCAGCCUGUAGAAAUGAAGGAGACAGAUGAACAGAAACGUCACAAAAUUGCCAGUGAACUUCUGCAAACAGAAAAAGCCUAUGUUAGCCGACUUGACCUCCUAGAUGGGGUAUUCUAUUCCAGACUCCUUGAGGAAGCAAACAGAGGUUCAUUUCCAGCUGAAGUGAUUAACAAAAUCUUUUCUAACAUUUCAUCAAUAAAUGCCUUCCACAGUAAAUUCUUACUUCCAGAACUUGAGAAAAGAAUGCAAGAAUGGACUACCACCCCCAGAAUUGGAGAUAUUCUGCAAAAGUUAGCUCCUUUCCUCAAGAUGUAUGGAGAGUAUGUGAAGAAUUUUGAUAAUGCAAUGGAAUUGGUGAAAACAUGGACUGAACGAUCACCUCAAUUCAAAUUCAUUAUUCAAGACAUUCAGAAGGAAAAAGUGUGUGGAAAUUUGACAUUGCAACAUCACAUGCUAGAACCAGUACAACGCAUUCCACGCUACGAGAUGCUUCUAAAGGACUACCUAAGGAAAUUGCCUCAGGAUUCUCUAGACUGGAAAGAUGCUGAAAAAUCCUUGGAAAUUAUAUCCACUGCAGCAAGUCACUCGAAUAGCGCAAUAAGAAAAAUGGAAAAUCUAAAGAAAUUGUUAGAAAUAUAUGAGAUGCUGGGAGAAGAGGAAGACAUUGUGAACCCUUCAAAUGAACUGAUAAAAGAAGGACAGAUCCUCAAACUCGCUGCUCGCAAUACAUCUGCUCAAGAACGGUAUCUUUUCCUAUUUAACAAUAUGUUGCUCUACUGCGUCCCCAAAUUCAGCCUGGUAGGAUCAAAGUUCUCAGUUCGAACCAGAGUUGGCAUAGAUGGCAUGAAGAUUAUAGAAACUCAUAAUGAAGAAUAUCCACACACUUUUCAAGUGUCUGGAAAAGAGCGAACACUGGAGUUGCAGGCCAGUUCUGAACAAGAUAAGGAAGAAUGGAUAAAGGCACUUCAGAAUACUAUAGAAGCUUUUCAGCAGAGGAAUGAAACUUUCAGAAAUGCUAUUGCUAAAGAAUAUGAAGACAUGCCUGUUGAGGUUUCUAAUGCUGAACUUGGGAAGAGAGCACCGAGGUGGAUACGGGACAAUGAAGUAACCAUGUGCAUGAAAUGCAAGGAACCCUUUAAUGCACUGACAAGGAGAAGGCAUCACUGCCGAGCAUGUGGACAUGUGGUUUGCUGGAAAUGUUCUGAUUACAAGGCACAUCUUGAAUAUGAUGGCAAUAAACUGAACAAAGUCUGUAAGGACUGCUAUCAUGUUAUAAUUGGUUGUAGAGACAGUGAAGAAAAGAAGAAGAAAGGCAUCUUGGAGAUUGAAUCUGCAGAAGUCUCUGGAAAUAGUGUCAUAUGUAGCUUUCUUCAGUACAUGGAAAAAUCAAAGCCCUGGCAGAAAGCAUGGUGUGUUAUACCUAAACAGGAAGCUCUUGUGCUGUACAUGUAUGGUGCUCCACAGGAUGUUAAGGCUCUGGCUACAAUUCCACUUCUGGGCUAUACAGUAGAUGACACUCCAAGAAGUGCUGACCUUCCACACAGCUUCAAACUGACCCAGUCUAAGUCUGUGCACAGCUUUGCUGCGGACAGUGAGGAACUAAAACAGAAAUGGCUGAAAGUUAUCCAUUUAGCUGUCAAAGGAAAAGUAUGUACCACCAAUAUUAAAGGAGAUCAGAAGAUGGAGAAGUUGCUUCUAGAUUUAACCACCCUAACUGUUUUACUCCAUUCUCCACAGAGGGGCUUCUCCAAGCCCACCUUACAGCUUCCAAAACUUUUUCUAACUUUAAAUUGUAAAUUGUGACCACAGAGGAACAAAUUCAAAGUAGUAACUGCUGCGGCUUAAGUAUCGUGACCAAAGCAGUCAAAUUAAAACCAUCAUCCUAACAAGGUAUAGGCUGUUCCCAUUUCAACUGGGUUUUUUUUGUUUUUUUUUUUUUUUUAAAAAAAGCAUUAAAUGUAUUAGUGUAAAGCUCUGUGUGUGAAGAAUAAACUAUAACUGAGCAUUCAUUCAUAAUACAUGAAUGUAUGUGAAUAGCUCUGCUAAUUAUUUAAGCUUUGCAAUUCUUGUGUUCAAGAAAUGCUUGUUUCUCACUUUAAAAGUGAUCAGUCUUCUGUGCAAAUCAAAAGUUAUUUUGUGCAGUUUUAUCAGUGUUCAACCAGAACAAUGGCUUAAUUUUAUCAUUAAUAAGUUUGGAACAUAUUAAUAUAUUUUUUUCAAAAUAACUUAAUAUUUUUCCCAUAUCAUAGAAAAAUAGUGUAUCAUGAUAUCUGCAUGUCUGCACCAUUCUUUCAGAUCCUCUAAAAAUUGUUUUCUGUUAUCAGGUCCUCCUGCUUGGUUGAAGAGCUACUGUAAAAUCUAUAGCAUCUAGUACUUACACAUCCCUUUACACCGAGUAGUUUUGUUUAUUCCAAAAUGUAUUUAAUUUUUAUGUGCAAAAUAGAUAUUGAGAACAUACAAUGUUUUCUUCUGUUUGGAGUAGAAUAUUAAACCACUUUAAAUGCAUGUAAUAUAUAGUGGCACCUUUUUAUGCAAAAUCAUCUUGAAGUGCUUUAUAAAUCUCCUCAAAGAUUUUAAAUCCCUUUCAUAGAAAAGAGGAUUUUUAUUCUUCAUAUUUUUAAAUUAUGGAUGAAGCCAAGGCACUGACUAAAAGUAGAAUAAAUACGCUACCACCUGAGUAAUUUUUAGAUGAAGUUAUAGAAGUACGCUCUAAAGAAUUCCAAGUGGAGUCAGGAGGAAAAAAACUAAUAUAUAUGUAUAUAUAAAAAUAAGUGGAAAAGAUGUGGAAACACUUGACAGGUUCUUUGGAUUUUGUUGUUUGUUUGGGGUUUUUUUAAACCUACAUCACCACAUAGCUAGUCUAAAAACUGGUUAGCUUUUCAUUUCAAGACGAGAUUAAAUAAAAUAACGAGAGGGUAAUGGUUCCUUAUACUGAAGGCAAGUCUUUUGAGAAAGAAAUAAACAUUCCAUGUAGAAAUAUUUCUAAGCAAUAAAAAAGGAGCUUUCUGCAUAAAUUUAUUGUAGAGAUUUUUAUCUGGUGUAAACUAGCAUAGACCUGCUGGAGAUGUUAUACCUUCAGUGAUUUAAAUUUAUGUAGAAUCUGCUCUACAGUAUAUAAAAGCCACUAGUGGAAAAUCAAGAUUUCACCAGUUUGAGAGCUGAUGACUUACUAUGUCUCAUCUGGAAUCACAGUGCUCAGUUGAACUUCAAAUGGGUUUCAGCUGGAGAUAAUUGAUGUAGGGUUGAAUGUAAACAGCUAGAAAUAUAGGUCUAAAAAUACAUGAUAGGAGAAGAGAAAUAAUUUUAUGGCAGAAUUGACUAUCCUUAAGAUAAGUCCACUGGUGAAAUGGGCAUCAAUCUUAGUCUGUGGUGUACUUUUAUUUGAAAUAUAUGGAGUUAGGGUUUUUUUCUCCCAUCUGUGGCCCUGUUGGUAUGAGGAAUUGACCUAGCUGGUUCUGAUCCAUGGGACUGUAGUGAAGUAUGUUCCUUGGAUAGGAGUUUUAAUCUGUUAGUCAGAUUGUUUCCUAAAAGCUUUUCCUUUAACAGAAGAUAAAAUUAAGUUAAUGAUUGUAUAUGUGUGUGUAUGCACACACAUAUGCAUGUGUGUAUAUGUAUAUAUGUGUAUUUAUAUAUUUGAGACUAUUCUUCAUAUGACCUGUUUUCAAGCAGUAUUUUACAAUCAAAAACUACACUGUGCUGCAAUGAAGAUAUAAUGUACAUUGACUGUGAGUAUGCUCUUCAGAAGAAAAAAUUGACAGAAGUAGAUCAACUUUUGUGGCAUGUUUACUAUUUCAGCCUAAUUAAAAAAAAAAAGAAACAAUGAACACACUAAAUUCAGUAAGGCAUUCAAUCUGCUUCCUUUAAAACCUCAGGAUUAAAUUUCUUCCCAGACUCAACUAUUGCAUUUUGCUAUCACCCCUUCUUUUUACUAGCACAAGCUGAAUGUAGAAUGUGGAUUUUUCUCUACUAAAAUCUUCAAGCACAUUUCUUUUGAAUAAAACAUAUUUUCAGCCACUGUAUAACACCAACCUACUUCAGUUUAUAGUUCAUCAUUGUAGAUUCAUUAACUAUUUAUGGUGAAAACAUUCAGAAAAGGGGGAACUAUGUCAAAGCAUUUUUGUAUGUAUGUGACCUAGUAUUUUUAAGCAAGAAGCCAAAUUUGUUUCAUAUAGGGAAGUUUGCAAUAGAAGUAUUGUUUUUUUUGUUAGCAUGUUUUCUAUUCUGCAGCUGCCCUCAAUGUGGAUUAAUACAUUCAUGUUAGUGGGAGCUGGAUCAGCUGUAAUGUUUGACAUCAGAAUUAUAGGCUAUAUAUGUUAUUUCCCCUUCAUUAUGGAAACAUUUCUCGUUUAAAUUGCAAAACCACUUUUUUUUAAAAAAAA